UAUAAGUAUUACCUGACUUACAAGCUGCAAUGACACAGAAAGGUAAAGAGAAUCUUAUAAACGUAACAUCUCAAAUUUAUUUAUCAUGUAUUUGCAGAACGACAGCUAUAGGUAUCAUAUUAGCGGUAUAUCUAGGAGGAUGGGCCAUGCCAUUACCAGUAUGGUCUAGAUCACAAGGUUUUCACAUCAUAAGAUUCCCGUUACAACAAGUGUUAGCUAUUCUUCUGGCAAUGAUGAUUGGUUGGACAGUAUCUGGAAUCAUGACUAGUACCAAUUCUAUUUCGGAUGACCCGAACAGUGAACAGUAUAAAGCAAGAGCAGACUAUGGUAUUGGUACCAUCAAUAAAACACCAUGGUUCUAUGUCCCAUAUCCAGGUCAAUUUGGAUCAAUUGGUUUUGAUGGUGGUGUGUUUGUGGCAUUUUUUACUGCAACACUGACUUCAAUUAUAGACUCAAUAGCCGAUUACUACGCAUGUGCAAAAAUGUCUCAUGUUCCUCCACCACCACUCCAUGCAGUGAAUCGUGGGAUAGCAUUUGAGGGCUUCAUGAGUAUGAUAGCUGGAUUUUUUGGAGCAGGACAUGCUACAACAACAUAUGGUGGAAAUAUUGGUACCAUUGGAAUGACAAAGGUACGUAAGAUACUUUAA